UGUAGUUCCUGCGCUCACUCUGUGGUCGCCCCGUGUUGUUGUUGUGUCGGUGGCCGGUCCCUCCUGCAGGAUUGCUCACCGCGGUCCCGGGGAUCCGGCUGUCACAGUGGUAGAAAUAUCGAGCCUCAAGAGUGCAGCUAUGUCCUACGUCUUUGUGAAUGACUCCUCCCUAAACAACGUACCCCUGCUACAGGCCUGUAUCGAUGGAGACUUCAACUACUCUAAGCGGCUUUUGGAGAGUGGCUUUGACCCCAAUAUUCGUGACAUACGUGGACGCACCGGCUUGCACCUGGCGGCAGCCAGGGGGAAUGUAGACAUCUGUCAGCUCCUUCAUAAAUUUGGUGCUGAUCUGCUUGCUACAGAUUACCAAGGAAACACCGCCCUGCAUAUGUGUGGCCAUGUAGACACUAUUCAGUUCCUCGUUUCCAAUGGUCUAAAAAUUGAUAUUUGCAAUCACCAAGGUGCAACUCCCCUUGUCCUGGCAAAGCGCAGGGGAGUGAAUAAGGAAGUGAUUCGUAUGCUUGAGUCCUUGGAGGAACAGGAAGUCAAAGGCUUUAACAGGGGUACUCACUCAAAGCUAGAGGCCAUGCAGACGGCUGAAAGCGAAAGGUAUGUCCAAUGCUCUGAGCUUCUCAUGGAAAAGGGACACAGCACCCUGUCCGAAGGAUCCACUGAGGAAGAUUGUGCCAUGGAAAGUCAUUCCCUCCUGAAUCCAAACCUUCAGCAAGGGGAAGGGGUCCUCUCCAGUUUCCGCACCACUUGGCAGGAGUUUGUAGAGGACCUAGGGUUCUGGAGAGUGCUUCUUCUCCUUAUCGUCAUUGCUUUACUUUCCCUUGGAAUAGCAUACUACGUUAGCGGUGUUCUUCCAUUUGUAGAAAAUCAGCCUGAACUAGUCCACUAGAACACGGGCUGAGCUCUUACGAGCAUUCCUCUGUUCAUUACUUUCCAAAGCAGUGGCAUCUAUACGUACUGCAUAUAUAGCUAGACCCACUUCUCAUCACCCCUAACUCAUUUGGAACGAACUGCUUGUUCUCAGAAGAUUCUGGAUGGAUAUUUCCUGGGGUGUCUUCUUAAAGACUAUUGUUUAGAAGGAUCUGCCUUCUGUAUAGAGGGGUGGAGAGAAAGCAGUGAAGCUCCAAACCACUUAAUUCCGUGGUUUGCUUUAUGUUUGUCAGAAUAUAUGUCAUGUGACUGUUGAUCUUUGGACUGCUGUCGCGGCGGAAAUAUAUAUAUAUUUUUUCU